GAGAGAAACAUAUAUACAAAGCCAAUGGUCACGUGGCUGGAAACAUCUAAAUAAGUUGACUUGUUAUUUUACCUUUACUCUACCAGGCAAUUAUUUAAAAUUGAUGAAAUUUAAUUUUGAAUACUGCAAACUACUUGAACCAUAGAUAUAAAGACCUGAACGCUCAAAUGUUGUGAAAACUAUCCAAUUGUUUUUUACUAUUUUCAUGUGAUAGACAAGCUGCUAAAUUAUAAUUAUCCCAACCAUUGCCAUUGCUCAAAGUGGAAAGUACCUAGUAAGUGUAGUAAGUUGCCCCGAGAAUUCCCCAACGGAAUUCCCCAAGGCGAUAUAAUUCCCCUAGCGCUGUGUAUUAUUGCUCGAGUGCUGCGUCUUCACGCGCGAUUCAAGCCAGAGUUCGAUUCAAGCGUAUCCAAGCCAAUUCAAGCGUGAGCUGGAAAUUAUCAGUCGGACUGGGACGGGACAAUCACCAAUAUGACUUCAGUGGAAGCAGGCACUGCCGGUGGUGCCAGUGGUGAUGACGAAUGUAGUGCUCUGCGUGCGUCCCUCCUGCGAUUAAAUGAAGAAAAACGGCAGCUUGAUUCCCGUAUUGCUGCUCUGAGCAACGUUCUCACAUCACAGAACGUCACUAUGGACGAGCCAUUGGUGGAUGCAGAGGGAUAUCCGCGCUCCGACAUCGACGUCUACUCUGUGCGGCAUGCACGAGCACAGCUACGCCGCCUGCAGAACGACUACCGUGCGCUGAUGAGCGACAUCGAGGCUGGGCUGGCGCAGCUGCACGCGCAGCACCGGGAGGCCGGCACGGCGUCGGAGGCGGGCGGCUCGGCCACGCCGCCGGCCGCCUUCCUGCAGGUGACGGCCGUGACAGACGGCUCACCGGCGGCCGAGGCCGGCCUGCGCGCCGGCGACCAGCUGGCCGCGCUGGGCUCUGUGAAUGCCGACAACUUCGGCUCUCUGUCGGAUGUGGCCGGCGUGGUGCGCCACAGCGCCGGCCGCCCGCUGGCGGUGACGGCGCUGCGCGCCGGCCGCCGGCUGAGCCUGCAGCUGACGCCGCGCUCCUGGGCCGGGCCGGGCCUGCUCGGCUGCACCCUGGUGCCCAUCGACAGGCCCGAGAGGUGAACGGCCGCCCUCGGACAGCGAUCGGCUUCUGCUCCGCGGUGGGUCAUCUGAUAUUGGCUCUCGUGCUAUGAGACAAUGAUAUUGUGUUUUGUGCUAAGGGGUGUAAAGGACACACCCUUGCACAUAAGGCGGUGCUAUGGGGGCUGAGCACGCCCGUGGUCGACUCGAUCUUUGAUAAGCUAAGCAUGUUUAUUGCGACAGUCGCAUCACAUGCCAUUGUUUGCGCCAUUGCCAGUGUAGUGCGGGCUCGGGCUUUAUCAGAUACAGCUUGAUGUGUUGAUAUUUAACCUGAUUGCACUUGCAAGCUUACUCUUGGUAUUUUUGAGUGGGAAAUAAUAGAAGGCUUAUAUCUUGGGAAAAGACGCGGGUUUGGAGUCUUUGAGAACGAUAGGUAAUCCUACUUCCGUUUGUUCGAUCGCCCCACCUAAAUUGAUAAGCGCUAUAAUAUAAGUGAUAAGCUCUAAAGUGAUAAGUUUUAUGACAGUGUCCACCUGCAAUGCCAUCCCAUGUAAGAAGUAAUCCUUGGAACUUGACCUUGGAGGAUUUGGAUCUCGCUACGUUUAUUUGGAUUGUCUUGAUGAUUUUUUCGACUGAUGUUUUUUUCGAUGCUGAAACCGUUUCUUUUUUAUGGUGGCCAUGCAAUAAAAAGUACGAAAAGUAGAAAA